AUGGUUGCUCUGUUUAUUGACAGAGACCAGGGCCAUUUUAAGAGUGUACAGAGUAUUGUGUUCUUCCAUUUAUUUCCCAGGGUUUUCAAGAAAGCCAGUAGAAACGGGCAGCUUGUACUGUACUUGGGCAGCAGGGACUUUGUGGACCAUGUAGAUAGUGUUGACCCCAUCGAGGGUGUUUUGAAGUUCCAACAGUCGGCUCUUGGGGGAAGGAAAGUCUGGUUACAGAUGACCUGUGCUUUCCGCUAUGGCAGUGAAGAUCUAGAUGUGAUUGGAAUGUCCUUCAGAAAAGACAUCUGGGUGCACACCAUCCAGCUCUUCCCUCCUGCUGGCCACGACCCCACUCUCACCCCACUACUGGAAGCCCUGCUGAAGAAGGCUGGCGAGGAGGGACAUCCCUUCACUAUUGAUAUUCCAACAAAUCUGCCUUGCUCUGUCACCCUUCAGCCUGGAGAGGACGACAGAGGCAAGGCUUGUGGGGUAGACUUUGAGGUGAAAGCCUACAUGGCCAUGGAGGCUGAUGAUCCAGAUGAACAAGUGGACAAGCAGGACACCUGCCGUCUGAUCAUUCGGAAGAUCCAGUAUGCUCCUAACCAGACAGGCCCUGGGCCCAAGCUGGCCAUCAUGAAGUGUUUCAUGACCUCGGACAAGCCCGUCCAUAUGGAGCUAUCUCUGGACAAGGAGGUCUAUUAUCAUGGCAGCCCAAUCCCUGUUAAAAUAAAAGUCAGGAACGAAACCAACAAAGUCAUAAACAAAUUCAACAUUUCUGUGGACCAAACUACAGAUGUGGUGCUGUAUUCUGCAGAUAAAUAUACCAAAAACAUACUGACUAAAGAAUUUUCGGAGACUGUAGAGGCUGGAGGGACAUUUGAGAAGGCACUCUCCAUCACUCCCCUGCUUGCCAAUGCCAACAACAAGAGCAAGAAGGGCUUGGCCCUGGACGGCAAGCUGAAAGAUGAGGACACAAACCUGGCCUCCACUACAGUAACAAGACCUGGCAUGGAGAGGGACAUCAUGGGAAUUCUGGUUUCCUACAAAAUUAAGGUCAACUUGGUGUCUGGAGGCGGCGGCUUUCUAGGAGGACUAACAGCCAGUGAGGUGACAGGAGAAGUACCGUUAAUUUUAAUGCACCCCAAACCAAAAGGUCAGUAUCUUGUACAACACCUGAUAGCAAAAUAUGUACUUUAG